GGGCCAGUAUUCUUGUGUGCUAUUUAUUCUGCAUUUUGAGCAUUGGCUUUAAGAAUGUCUAUAAUGAAUUAUAGCAUGCAUAACUUUGACGAGCUGCCUUUGGAGAUUGUGUUGCACAUAUAUAAAUAUCUGGGUUACUCGGACCUAUUGGCAGCUGGUACUACUUGCCACAGAUGGAGGGAUGCCUUAUUUCAAACUGAAUUUAUAUCACGCACUUUUGUGCGUUUUACAAAAGUUGUGCUUUCGGAUCAGCAUAGUCCUGCCAUGGAUUUACUCAAAAGUGAGCGUCAGUUUCGUCACUUUGUAUUUGAAGAUGUAACGCUGGGUCAAAUACAACAGCUAAUGAGCUUUAUUGGACAAUCGGCGCAGUCUAUAACGCUGGACAAUGUGGAUCUGAAUGACAAGCAAUUCUAUGGAAUACUCUGCACACUGCCACAUCUGCAGUCACUGUCAGUUACGCGCUGUCUGCCUCUCUUUAUGUCCGCAACCUUUCUGGACACGAAUGCUUGCAACUUGAGCGAAAUUGCAGCCCACCUUGCAGGCAUUAAAGAGCUUACCAUAUGCAAGAACCAAUAUCUAACGGAUGCGAUACUCUUGCGCAUAACUUCGCUUAUGCCCAAUCUUGAAUUGCUCAACAUGUCCGGCUGUCAGAUCUCAUUUCACAAUGCUAUACAUCGACGCUUCUAUCCACAGGAGUCCUGUACGCCCAGCGAGUCUGUGCUGACGUUCAAAUAUGUGCUCACUGUGCUGGCCAAGCAGCGCAAAGUGCUACGCGUGCUGGACUUUAGUCACACGCUUAUUGGGCACUCGCUGCUGGGCCUAUGUGAUCUGUCUGCGGGCAAUAGCGAUGGCCAGCCUGGCGUGCAGCUGCAACGACUUUAUCUCGCCGGCUGCAGGCAGCUAAAUGCGGCGACCAUCAAAAGUUUUCUCGCCACACAGUCGCAGCUGUAUGAACUGGAUUUAUCAUCAACCAUGUGCCUAAACGACGAGUGCUUGCAAUCCAUUGUCAAAGCAAAUCCACAGCUCGUAAAUCUAAAAAUAAAUGCUUGCGUUGGCGUCACAAAUCUGGGCGCGAUGAGCUUACGUCACUUGCCGCGUUUGCAACACUUGGACAUAUCCAAUUGCGACAACAUCAGCACCAGCGGCAUUUUGCAGGGCAUCGCUUCGGAGGAGAAUCAUGUGCUGCUGGACCUAAAUGUGUCCUAUUUGACCAUCUGUGAGGAGGCUAUUAAGGGCAUUGCCAGAAAUCUGCCUGCCUUGCGCGCCUUGCAUCUAAACCAUUGUGUCAAUGGUGUGACUGAUGAUGCUAUACAGCACAUAAUUGCACAGCUGCGCUGGCUGCGUGAGCUCUCGCUGGAAAGCUGCUGCAGAUUAACCGACGCUGCUUUAACUGGCAUUAAUGUAGCCAAACUGGAGUUGAAACGCAACUCUACUUCAAUAGAUAAUUUUUACCCACCACUUGAUAGCUUUACGGGCUCGCUGCAGUCCAUUAAAAUAUCGCUGCGCAGCAAGGCUGAGGAGGAGAUUGUGCGCGAUGCGAAGCGUAAACAGGCCAUGUUUGCAGCUUACGAAAUGAAUUUGAUUGAUGAGCAGGACUUUGAGGGGCACAGCAUACAGGAGCUGCGUGGAUUGCGCACAUUGAAUUUGCGUGGCUGCAACAAGAUCAGCGAUGUGUCCCUGAAGUACGGCUUAAAGCAUAUAGAAUUAAGUAAACUAUUGCUCUCUAACUGUCAGCAGAUAUCGCUGCUGGGCAUGCAGGCGCUGGUCAACAACUGUCCAUCGAUUGAGGUGUUCGAUUUGUCCGAUUGCUAUAACAUCAAUGACCAAGGCAUUAAGAUUAUUACAGAGAGAUUAACGCGUUUGCGUUCGCUGGACAUAAGUGGCUGCACUCAGCUGACGGAUCAUACAAUUGAUGCCAUUAUUGUUAACUGCGCUUGCUUGCAGACUUUAACCAUUUAUCGCUGCCGUCGCAUGUAUACAGACAUUGAGGAUCGGCUGAGCGGCGUGCGCAGCUUACGUAACUUAUAUAUGGAUAAUCUGAAUAGCAUUGACAAUGCCGAGUUUUUUCGCUUGAAGAAGCGACUAAAUUGCUGAUAUUUUGCGGCAAUUUUUGUUGUUUUUAUACUAUAUUAUUUUCAACUGUACAAUUUUCGCUAGUCACCAAAUAGUUAAAAGGGUUAAACAUUACGCAGCCUUAAAGGCAUUUUUUUAUGAAUAUAUAUAUACACAGCACACAUAAUAUAUAUGUGUGUGUAAUUAGUAAUUGUCGUGGGUAAUUGUUUAAGCACCUGUAAAUACACUGCACACACAUUUUACAUAAACAUAUUUACAUGUUUGAAAAGCCAGUCCACCAAACAAAUAACAUAAAUGUUUAAGUUAGUUCAAUGUUUAGCUGUGAUUAGAAUGAAAAACAAAACAGAAAAGUGUAAUUGAAAUGAAAUUGAAAUUCGUAC